UCUUAAAUGUAAGUUGUUUAAAAUACAAUACCAAAAUUAGGAAAUCUAAACAAAAUAUAAAAAAUAAAAAAAAAAAUAAAAAAAAAACUCGGCCUACUAUAGAAAUAUUAGAUUGGGCCGGACUACAACAAUAAUCCUCAAUAGGCCCAUUAGCCCAAAAGAAUAUCUGAUCGGCUUAUCUUAAAAAAACUGUCCCAAAUUGAAAUUAUAUGACGACAAUACUUACCAACCUAAUAUGUUUUAUAAUCACUUAUUUUCCAAAUUAAAAAUAUGACCAUAUAUUUUAUUUUGAAAAUAAAACCAAACAGAAACUAUUAAUUGCCUCUACCUAGAUCGGUUUUCUAAAAGUCAGACAAAUUUAAAAUUUUCAACAAAUGAUUCUAGAAGAAAAUAAAAUCAGUAUACCAUAUUUUUAAAUAUAAAAAACAGGUCAAAUAUCUUACAAGAUCAUUUUCCCACUGGUUAGAGAAAUGCCGUCUGAUCAUAAGUUGACUUUUUCAAUUUUCAACGUUCUCAUCACUUCUUGAAAUUGUCUUCCAACCCUUUUUAUAUUAUCUUCUUAAUUUUAUAUUAUUUUCCCAAUUAUUAUGGUUUACUCCACCAUUAAAUUUGACCACGAUAUCUAGUCAAAGUAUGAAAUGUAGUUAAUUCCUUUUAUUUAAUAAGAAUUAAUAAUUCCUUAAUAACUUAAACAAGAGAAGUCAAGAACCACGACUAAACUGGUGGAGGUGGGUUGCACAUAUGUAUAUAAUUCAAACUAUUUCACCGAUGAUUUAUUAUAUAAUAAUUCAAAAAAGAAAAGUAUUUUAUACACGUCGGCAAUUGCUAUUUACUGUUAAUUCAAAAACUAAAAUAAAUAUAUCAACAAUAAUAAUCAAUACGAAAGCUACAUGAGCAUUGACAUUUAAUAAGUAGGAUCGGAUUACCUAAUUGAAAUUGUCAGUAAUUAAAAGCACGUGUCUGAAUCAUAACCAUCAUCUUGCAUGAUUGUACGACUAUCUCAUUGAAUUUAAUGUUACGUACACUUACCAUAUAUAAAAUAUUAUAUUAUAUUACCUAGUGGCAAAUCUUCAUAGUCAAAUUUUGUGAAAUUUGCAUUACCUAAUUAUUGAUUAUUUUAAUUCACGUGCUACAAUUAAUUGUCUAUAUAUAGUCAAUAAUCAGAAGCUCUUAUAUUCAUCAUCACAUUUAAAAAAAAAACACAUACCAAUUUCAGAAAAGAAAAAAAAAAUGAAAACUUCAAUUACUUCAAUAUUUUCUUUCUUCUUGGCUAUUUUCCUUUUAUUAGUAGUUUCUCCCUCAUCGGCUAUUAGUUCAAAUUCUUCAUCGUACGAGGGUUUCAUCCAGUGUCUGAAAAUUAAAUCCGAUCCCUCCAGUCCAAUCUCUGCAGUUCUCUACGAUGAAAACAACUCUUCAUAUUCAUCAGUUCUCGAAACAUACAUCAGAAACCUGAGGUUUAACGAAUCAACCACCCCUAAACCACGACUUAUUAUAACCGCAAAACACGUUUCUCACAUUCAAGCCGCCAUUGUAUGUGCGAAGGCAAACGGCAUGCAGAUGAAGAUUCGCAGCGGCGGCCAUGAUUACGAAGGCGUUUCGUACUGGUCGGCGGUUCCGAAUUUCUUCAUACUUGAUAUGUUCAACUUCCGAUCAGUCAACGUCAGCAUUGAAGACGAAUCGGCCUGGGUUGAAUCCGGCGCGCUUCUCGGAGAAAUCUACUACAGAAUUGCGGAGAAGAGCAGCACCCAUGGCUUCCCCGCCGGAGUUUGUCCCACCGUCGGCGUCGGCGGCCACUUCAGCGGCGGUGGGUAUGGUAACAUGAUGCGAAAGUAUGGCCUUUCCGUCGACAACAUCGUCGACGCUCAGAUGAUCGACGUCAACGGUAAGCUUCUGGACAGAAAAUCCAUGGGGGAGGAUCUUUUCUGGGCUAUUACCGGCGGCGGAGGCUCCAGUUUCGGUGUUGUGCUGUCGUACAAAAUCAAAUUGGUUUCAGUCCCGAAGAUAGUAACUGUUUUCAGAGUCCGGCGAACUUACGACCGGAAUUUAUCCGAACUCGUUUACCGUUACCAGCAAGUCGCCGCCGAUAAGUUGCCGGAAGAACUGUUCCUCCGGCUAACCCUAGACGUCGUGAACGGCACGAACAGGGCUACAUUUCUCGCCAUGUUUCUUGGAAACUCGCAACAACUUUUGUCUGUGAUGAACCUUAGCUUUCCCGAACUGGGUUUAAACCAAACAGACUGUACGGAAAUGAGCUGGGUGGAAUCGGUUCUUUUCUGGACAAACUUUCCGGCGGGAACUCCGGUGAACGCUCUUCUGAGUAGGGUUCCUCAGUCUCUGACAUACCUGAAGAGGAAAUCCGAUUACUUGAAGAAACCCAUUCCGAAACAAGGGUUGGAGUUGCUAUUCAAGAAAAUGGUGGAGCUGCAAACCCCACAGCUGACGUUUAACCCCUACGGCGGUAGAAUGGCGGAGAUUCCUUCGUCGGAGAAGCCAUUCCCGCACAGAGCCGGCAACAUUGCCAAGCUCCAAUACGCAACAAACUGGAACGAAGACGGAGAAGAAGCUGCGAACCGGUACUUAAAUCUGACGGCGGAGCUGUUUGCUUUUAUGACUCCGUAUGUUUCGAUGGCGCCGAGGGAAGCGUUUCUCAACUACAGAGAUCUCGACAUCGGAACCAACAGCAACGGCCGGAAUAGUUACAUUGAAGGAGCAGUUUACGGUGUGAAAUAUUUCAAAGAUAAUUUCAACAGGUUGGUGAAAAUCAAGACGAAAGUUGAUCCUCGUAAUUUUUUCAGGAACGAACAAAGUAUUCCGGUUUUGCCCUGGAGGAAGUGAAUUAAGAUCGAAUUAAUUAAUUAGUCACAUAAUUAAAUUAUAUAUAUAUAUAUAUAUAUAUAUAUAUAUAUUUUCUAGUAUAUAUACAUACUAUAUAUUCAUCAUAUAAAAAUAUAUUCCAUUAAUUAUAUUAUUUUAUUAUAUUGUAUGUUUGAUUGAAAAUAAUAGUACAUUGUUCAUGUGCUUACUGUUGAUAUUACAGAAUAAAAUAGAUUAUAUAUUGCGUCUUUUAAUUUGUGUGUAAUUAUAAAUAUGUACGUAGAAUAUUAUUGGAAAGUUGAAGUUUAAGGGUUUGAAAAGUCUGAUGUGUUCUAGAAAGAACAGAUGGAUUUAAUUCCUUAGCUUGUCCCCAUUUUCAUAUAUUGACUAAAUUAUGGCGAAGUUUACUAUCCAUAAUUUCAAGAAAAAUUAAAAGCCAAAAACUUUUAA